AUGCUCCAAGACGAGAAAUAUCCCAUGCCCAUCCAUCAAAGUGGCCCGAGCCUGAACUGCCCUCUUGUCGAUAACCGCUGUGACCACUGCGGCGUGUCCAUCCUCGCUCAUCCAGAUAUCCAGAUGGACGAGAUCAUGUCCAGCAGAGACCGCCAAGAGACGGCAGACGAGGCCACGCUGCCCCCUCCACCACCGUAUCAACUCAUUGGAGACGGGACGCCUCAUCCCUCGCCAGCCCCGUCAGCGGUCGAGGGCUCAUCGGCUCCCAGGCUGGAAGGCGACGAAACCCAGCCGUCCCCUGCCCUCGCUGCCUCGCGCCGCAGCCGCCGACGACGCCGCCAUGUCCUGCGCAUCCGGAUCACCCUGAGGUUCAAGAUCGGUGGCGCCAGGGAGCGGCAGAAGACGGUGACGUUCCUGUGA